AUGGAUCCAAAGACUCGCUUGGUACCCAGCCUGCGCCUUCUCAUCCCCCGCCUCCGCCUUCUCCAGAAGAAAGACACCGCAUCUUCGGUCGUUCAACGUCGCGAGCUCUCCCAGCUCCUCAGCGAAGCCCGCGAAUCAUCCGCGCGUAUCCGAGUCGAAAAUGUCAUCUCAACCGAUAUCGCCGUGGAGGUAAUGGAGAUGGUGGAGCUGUACUGUGAGCUUGUACUGGCGCGCGCCAACGUCCUCGAUCAGCUAGCGUUCGGAGGGAAAUGA